AUGAACGCGUUAAGCCUCACGGGUAAAACCAUAACUCUCGAGGUUGAGUCCUCGGACACCAUCGACAAUGUCAAAGCCAAGAUUCAGGAUAAAGAGGGCAUUCCCCCCGACCAGCAGCGCCUGAUCUUUGCGGGCAAACAGCUUGAGGAUGGCCGCACUCUCUCUGACUACAACAUUCAGAAGGAGUCAACCCUCCACCUCGUGCUCCGUCUGCGUGGUGGUGCCAAGAAGCGCAAGAAAAAGCAGUACAGCACUCCCAAGAAGGUCAAGCACAAGCGUAAGAAAGUCAAGAUGGCGAUCCUCAAGUACUACAAGGUCGACUCCGACGGCAAGAUCAAGCGUCUCCGUCGCGAGUGUCCCUCUGCCGAGUGCGGCGCUGGUAUCUUCAUGGCCUUCCACAAGGACCGCCAGUAUUGCGGCAAGUGCGGCUUGACCUACACCUUCCAGCCCGGCACUAAGCCCCCUGCUGUCUAAAUGAUACGGCCUUGCGGAUGCUGGCAGUGUCGCGAUCCAUGUAUUUGUUGAUGGUAUCUUACGUUGCGUAC